ACACAUUUUCAUUCGGCUUCCACUUAUCCAUUGAACAACAUCAUAAACAAUCAACUCAUGUUAACCAUGAACAUGAUAAAUCUUUUCCUUUUCUCCCUACUCUCAAUCACCUCAGCUCAACCCCUCCCUACAUUACUCACACCCCUCAACAAGGACCCCAUCACCUCUCUCUACACCAUACUCCUCAACUCCAUCGACCCUUACGUCAUCGACAUCGCAGCUCCCUUCUCAUGGCGCCGCUGCCCCUCUGGCCCCCACCCCACAGUGGCUUGCUUCACCGCGGAAUGCACCCAAGCUCAAUACCUACCCUCACCAUGCCCCUUGCCUCCAGCCUCAUCAACAACCCCAUGCAAAUGUAUGGUAACCCCUAGAAACCCCAUAACCCAAUCUUGUGCAUUUGCUCACCUCACUUACACCAACAUAACUGAUCAUGGGGCCCAUAUUUUCUUGAAAGAUAUAUUCCUAUCAUGUGCUCCAAAGCCCCUCUUUGAGUCUCUCCCCAAAGGAGUAGUAGGCCUAGCAAGCCUCUCUCUCGCCCCGCUUUCUCUCCAAAACCAAUUCUCCGACCGGCUUCCUCAGCUUACCCGAACAUUCGCAAUGUGUUUGCCGAGCACGAGUUCAAGAAAUGGGGCUAUUUAUUUCGGCAAUGCAACUACUCACAGUCUCUUAUCGUACACCCCGCUUCUCACCAACCCUAAAACUGCGGAUUACGCAGUUGGGAUCAAGGGUUUAUCGGUAGGUAAACACUCAGUUAUUGCGAUGUCUCCAUUUGAAGGGAUUAGGCUAAGCACGGUUGUGCUUUACACUACUCUAGCGGCCGAUGUUUAUGCGAGAUUUGUGGAGCGUUUUGAAGAGGGGAUGAAGGGUGUGCCUAAGAUGAAGAGUGUGCCGCCAUUUACGACGUGUUACAAAGCUAGUGCGGUCGGUUUUGGCCGUGUGCCGCGGAUUGAUUUGGAAUUUGAUGGUGGCAAGAAUUGGACGAUUUUUGGGGCGAAUUCGAUGAAGCGAGUCGGUGGAGAUACGGCAUGUCUUGCGUUCUUGAAUGGCGGAGAGAAGGCGGCGCUCAAGAUCGUGAUCGGGGCGUUUCAGAUGGAGGAUUAUUUGUUGGUGUUUGAUAGUGAACGAUCGAGGUUUGGGUUUAGUUCCUCUUUGUUGUCCGAGGGGAUGUCAUGUAGCAACUUUAACUUUACUACUUAGGUUGAUUUGUUUGAUUUCAAAUCAAUGAAAAGAUUGAGGGAAGUCUCAAUAGAUAAAUAAAAACUAAGUUCAUGAUUUAUCA